AUGAGAACUGACAACCAGAGCUUCUUGGGGGAUCAUCCCAGGGACUUCAUCCUUCUGGGUGUCUCUGACAGGCCAUGGCUGGAAUUCCCUCUCUUUGUGGUCCUUCUGGUGUCCUAUGUUCUUGCCAUGUUGGGAAACAUUGCCAUCAUCCUGGUAUCCCGGCUGGAUCCCCAGCUCCACAGCCCCAUGUACAUCUUCCUCAGCCACCUCUCCUUCCUAGACCUCUGCUAUACCACCACCACGGUCCCUCAGAUGCUGGUCAACAUGGGCAGCUCCAGGAAGACCAUCAGCUACGGUGGCUGCACGGUGCAGUAUGCGAUCUUCCACUGGUUGGGGUGCACUGAAUGCAUCGUCUUGGCGGCCAUGGCCCUGGACCGCUACGUGGCCAUCUGCGAGCCCCUGCGGUACGCCCUGAUUAUGCACCGCCCUCUGUGUCAGCAGCUCGUGGCCGUGGCCUGGCUAAGUGGCUUUGGCAACUCCCUAGUUCAGGUAGUCUUGACAGUGCAAUUGCCUUUCUGUGGGCGGCAGGUGCUAAACAACUUCUUCUGUGAAGUGCCAGCUAUGAUCAAGCUGUCUUGUGCUGACACAGCUGUGAACGAUGCCACACUGGCCGUGCUGGUGGCCUUCUUCGUGCUGGUCCCCCUGGCUCUCAUCCUGCUCUCCUACAGCUUCAUCACGCGUGCAGUGCUCAGGAUCCCGUCCUCCAAGGGACGGCACAAGGCCUUUGGCACCUGCUCCUCCCAUCUGGUGGUGGUCUCCCUCUUCUACCUUCCUGCCAUCUAUAUGUACCUGCAGCCCCCUUCCAGCUACUCCCAAGAGCAGGGCAAGUUUAUUUCCCUCUUCUACUCCAUAAUCACUCCCACCCUGAACCCCUUCAUCUACACCCUGAGAAAUAAGGAUGUGAAGGCAGCCCUGAGAAAACUGCUGGCGAGGAUGUGGAGGCUCUGCAGAAGAUGA